AUGGCCUCUUCAGUCCGUCUGUACCCCCGGUCAGGUCACGCUGAGACGCCCGCCGCCAACCCGCUUCCUCAACUUAUACAGACACCCUCUGGCCUGGCGAUUCUGGAGCUUCAAGGCACUAUCAACUUGCCACAGAUAGAUGAGAGUGGCAGCGAGAUAAACACAGAGGACCUCACCAUCGGCCGCAUCACUUUUCCCGAUUAUCACCCAGAAACUCAUGAUCCUUCCAGCACCUCCUGGAUGAAGCGUAUCCACCUCUACGUUGGACAACAUCAAAGACUUACCGGAGAAGUCAAGAAACUGCCCAGAGCUGUGGCCAUCAUUCGCAAGAAGCCUCAUUCAGGUGAAGAUAUGGAUAUGGCUGACGCCAAUUCCGAAACCACCAAGGAGGACCUUGAGAUUGUCGAGAUCGUCAAGCACAAGCUCGUGUUCUCCCAGCGCCCUGAGCCUGUGGGUAGCGGUUGA